CAGAGCAAUUGAAAACCAAUUCAAAACAACACUUCUAAAUUUCCAAGUAACUUUCUUAUUGCUCUUUCUACUUACCUCUCCAUGCAGUUCAAAUUUCAAAAUGAAAAGACUUUGCUUGGUCCAUCACAGACUUUUCCAAACCAUCCCCCAUUAUUCUAACGGCUAAUUCAUCUCAAACAAAUCAACUGAAAGAAACAACCCCUCUCUUUCUCUCUUCUUUCCCUCAUAUUUCCUUCCAAAACCCAUAUAUAAUUCUCUUCUUUCCCCCUUUUCCCCUUCAACCUUUAUGUUUAACCCCCCAAUAUAUCCAUAUUUAUCUAAACUUACACAUACUUCAAGUCAGGGUUUUAAACUGCAGUGUUGUGAUCGCAUCAACCCGCAUUUGUCCGUAAAUUCCGCAACAUAGUCGCAAUUGUAAUUUAAAACUCUGUUUUCAAAAUUUUGGAAUGAACAACCAGCCAAUGUCUCACACUCUUGAGAUCACCAUUUUGUCCGCAGAAAACCUUUCUACGAAUAAAAAGUCCUUAGAGGGAAAUGCAUUGUUUGUUUCUCUUCAGUCGGAUUCAAGCAAUGACAUCUAUUCCACAAAUGUGGAUUCAGAAGGUGGUGGAACAAGGAAUGAGAAGCUUGUGAUGGAGUUGCCAUUGGAUGCAAGGUUUAUAACAGCUGAAGUGAAAUGCAAAGCAUCAAAGGGGACAAAGAGUGUUGGAAUGGCCAGAAUACCAGUGUCAGAUUUAGUGGGACAUCAUGUGCACCAAGAUCAAGUGCAGUUCUUGAGUUACAGGCUAUGGGACAGUAAGGUGGAGAGAAAUGGUGUGAUCAAUGUUUCAGUGAGGGUGAAAGUUCCGGAAUAUGCUUUUCCGGUGAUGGGAAUGCUGGUGGCCGGCGGUGGUUCCAAUGGUGUUGUUACUGGGAUUCCAGCUUGGUUAAGCUAUCAAGGACAACUUUGAAGUACAAUUGAAGCAAGUAUUUUAAAAAUCAUGCUCAGUUCAAUCAUAAGUUUCUAAGAAGAACCCGUUCUUUUUUGUUUGUAACUUUCCUCCUACAAUGAAAAUGAAUAGGAUUUGAUAUUUUCCCGAAAGCAAAUAUAUCUCCAAAAGCUAGCUGCACCCUUUUUAUUUGUUAAAAAAAUGGUACGACAGAGAGAAAAUUCAGAGACAAGAGACAAGGCGUUAGUGGCAUGCAAGGAGAUCGGUAUAGACUCACUCUAGGUAGGAGCGCUAGGGGUCGGGAUCUCCCUGAGAAGAGUUGUCCACCAACUAAGAUUCUACUACUAGAGGUUCGAACCUCGACCUAUAGAAAGAUGAGAGUUAAACUCGAAACAUGUGAUCAGUUAUAUUAACCCAAGUUCGCAAGUUAGUUGCACCUUGUAAAUGAGUGAUGCGUUUGCUAGAUUAAC